AUGACGCAUCUUUUGAAUGCUUCGAAGAUAAAUGGAAUUUUGGCAAAAGCUGCGAAAAAUCUUGGUCCAGUUGAAAGAGCUUUUCAGAGAAAGUCAAAGAUUCUCGAUUUUCAACCUGGGAAGCUGAUUUCAUCCUAUAAAAUCGACGAAAACGAGCUGAAUUUCAAAGGUCAACUUUCUCCUGGAACUCUUACAUCCAUCGUCGAUUCUACCACUACAAUUUUAUGCAUGACAGGGGAUGCAAGACUAGCCGGUGUUUCUACCAAACUAUCCCUGACGACACUCAAGCCAGUUGAACAAUCGACGACAGAGCUUCGCUUGGAGAGCACUUUUCUCCAGGAGCAGGAAAAAAUCGCCUUUCUAGAGACACGAAUCACUUCAUCUGACGGGGCAGAGCUGUUUGCCAUUGGGCAGCACACCAAGUAUCUUCAUCCUCGAUCGCGCGGAAUGUUUCCAUCAGCAGCUUGA